AGAAGAUAAAGGUUUUUAAGUGUUUCAAGAAAAAAUGGCUGUCGAUAUUCUGGGAAUAAUAACUUUGCCAAACUGGCUAUGCUGCGCAUUGGCCACACUUCUUGCAGUGUGCUUGUAUACGUGGUACAAACAAAGCCUGUUUCGCAGGCUGGGAAUACCGACGAAGAAGACCGUAUUUCUCCUUGGAGACUUUGUGGACAUGGUCAGAGGGGGGUUCAGCUACUUGGGCAUGGAUUUGUACAAACGAUACGGGAAAGUCUUUGGCAUUUACCUAGGUAACGUACCAGCGCUUGUCAUCAGCGACCCAGAAAUCAUAAAGCACAUCAUGGUCAAAGACUUCGAUCACUUCACUGAUAGACCGCCAUUCAUGAAGUUAACCAAGUUUUGGAAGUCAGCCCUUACGGUAGCAGACGGGAAUGUAUGGAGGAACAUCCGUCACACAAUAUCUCCAACAUUCACUUCCGGAAAAUUGAGAAACAUGACUCAAUUUCUGCAGAGAAGUUUAGACGUUUUCCAUGACAUUUUGGAACGAAAAAUCAAGGACAGUCCUACCGGAUUUGAUUUUGAUCCAAACAUGGUGGACGAGUCAAUAGAAGUUGUUGGCUUGGACGGUAGUUUUGCUACGUCAAAAUUAACAGCGGUAUGUAAAUAUUGCCGUUACGCCAUGGUAAUCACAUCGCAACAUCCUGGGAUGAUAACAAUUGGUUUAUACACUGCUAGUGACGUACGCUGUUACACAAUGGACGUCAUAUGCUCCAUUGGAUUCGGCUUAGAUGUCAGCGCCCAGACAAACCCCGAUAAUCCGUUCAUUAAGUAUUCAAAAAGGGUUUUGGAGACGAGCCCAGCUGGAAUGCCAAAGUUCAUAUUGUAUAUCUUGUUCCCAGACCUGGCGGAUAUGUUCCCUAGGUUUUUCGAGACAAGCGUCUUAUCGAAAGACAUCCUGGACUUCUUUUUGACCACAACGAGGUCGCUAUUUGAGGACAGGAAACAAUCAGAGUCUAAGCACAAAGACCUUCUGCAAUUGAUGGUAAAUGCGAGCUAUCUGGCCGAAACUGAAAAGGUAUCUGACAACCAGCGGAAAGGUCUGACGGACGAGGAGAUACUGAUUAAUUCCAUCAUUUUCAUGCUCGCUGGCUAUGACACUACAGCAGCGGGGAUCUCAUGGGUUCUCUAUGAACUUGCCCUCAAUCCUGAGAUUCAAGAGAAGCUGGUGACUGCUAUUGAUGACGAAAUUGGCGAGAGCCCGCUGUCCUACGAUAAUGUCUUCUCUCUUAAGUAUAUGGACAUGGUCUUGUCAGAAACACUGCGGGUUCAUGCGCCAGCUACAAGACUCGUGCGCAUGCCGGACCGCGACACUGAAAUUUCUGGAAUCAAGAUCCCCAAAGGAAUGACCUGCAAUUUUGUCACGGACAUUUUGCACUUCUUAGACGAAUAUUGGGAGGACCCGUAUUCAUUCAAUCCUGAAAGGUUUGCGCCCGAGAACAAGGACAAGAUCAACGAGUAUGCCUACCUGCCAUUCGGGGUGGGGCCGCGGAACUGUGUGGGUAUGCGUCUAGCUCAGCUUGAGGUCAAGAUGACCGUCAUCAGCAUCUUGAGGAAGUACAAGAUCUUCAAAGGAAGCGAGCUUAAGGUGCCAUUACCACGAAGUCCGUACGGAUUGGCGCGCCCUGGUGCCCCAGUCUAUUUGCGAUUCGAACUUCGAGGCAGGAACACAUAAAAAGUAACGAAAACAGAAGGGACCGCCUUUGUUAACAGAAUAAAACAAUUUGGCAUGUGUUAAAAUGAUUUAAACUGCAAUAUUAUGCUACAACAGCCGGAUGAACAUAUUGAUUACGACAUGAUAUACAUGAAACUUUAUCAAAGGUAAUCGCAUAUUCUACACAUAAAUUUAAAGUCAUAUUAUGGGCAUUUUUCACUGCUAAAUAGAGCUGAAAAGAUUUAAUAGGUCAAAAGAGUUAGUUUAAAUGUGGUAACUGACCAAUUAUCUGCAACUCAUCUUGCUACCAGUUGUUUAUAAAAAUAUAUAAUUAUAUUCGAUAUUUUACAUGACUCACCCAGUCCUCUAAGCCGAAAUGAUCCGUAAAACAAAAUUGUGUCUUUGUGUCGUAUCAACGAAUCUGCACUAAAACUAAAUUUAGAUUUACAUCGUACAUCGAAUCAUUUCUGUCGUCAGUGUAGAAACGAAAGUACGGUUGAUAUUCAAAUGCAUUAUUUUUCUCUUUCCGGGAUAUUGUUUUAGUAUGUUGAUGCUGCAUUAACAAAUAUAAGUGUUUGUGAAGUGAAAACACCAAAAAUAAACAACGGUUGCGAUAGACACCUAUAAACAUAGCAUAUACUGUUAGAUGCCCAUAAUAUCACUUUAAGCACAUCUUCUAUGGCGGCCAUGAUGUAAUGAUCAUCAUAAAUUAAAGUGUGCUUAUUGUUUGAUGUUAAAAAUACUAGGAUAACAUUCAGGUUGUGGUUCGUUUUGUAAAAAAGUAGUUUUUUGUUUUUUAUUUUAUAAUUGGAAUCAAUUCAACAGAUUUACUAGUUUAAUAUUUGCUUUAACUA